UCAACUCGGGGAGAAGAGGGAUUGUCUGUUUCAUCUGCUACCCAGGUUACUCAGACGAUGACUGGAGAACAGACAGCUAUAAACAUUAUUCAUGAUCUGCAACAAAUGCAGUGCGAUCCAAAUAAGUUCCACAAGAAAAUUGACCUGUCAGAAGAUCUACAAAAGAUUGCUUCAGACAAAGGAUUCAGCAUUUGUGACAACCCAGGAUCUGGAAACUGUAUGUUCUACGCGCUGUCAGAGCAACUUCAAAGCGUGAAAGGAAUGCAAAUUUCGGAAACAGAACUGCGGAAAAAGUUAGUGGAAUGCCUCAGGAACUCCCCCAAACUGACCGAUGGAACAGAUCUGUUCACCUUUGUCCAUGGAUACCCAUCUUGGGCUGAUUACUUGAGAAGCAUGGAAAAGGAUGGCACAUGGGGUGAUCACUUGGUUCUCCGUGCCGCAGCAAACUGCUACAAAACUCCUAUUUGUGUAAUCAGCAGUCUUGGUUGUGAUAUAAUCAUCAAUCCAGAUCGUCCUGUUGACAACGCCAGCCCGCUUGUUUUGGGGCAUAUCCAUGAGAAACACUAUGUCAGCCUUCGACCCAGACAAGGCACUAUUCCCAAAUUAACCUCCACAAAAGAGGAAUCAAAUUAUGCUCAGCUUUGUCAGAUUCUGGUCACUGUGGGUUCAGGAGUCCUGAGAGAAACAUUUGACAGAAUCAUUCCACCACAAAAUCUUCGGAAACAUCUGAAAGACUAUCAAAAUCAUGAGACACUGCGGUCACUUCAAAAGCAAAGAAUCCUCACUUCAAAGCAAUGGGGUCAACUGUAUCCUGAUCGUGCUUCUUCGGUGUCAUCUGAACUCUUCGACCCUACACUUCUUAUGGUUCUGUUGAGGACAGUUUGUGAGAUGACUCCGCCAACUGCUGGCUGGGACGCACCUCCUCAUGCAGCAGACACCAGUCGCGAGGCUGACAUAGCCCGUAUGAGGUAUUUUAUGAAUACUUUGCUUGNGUCAAUACCGUAUUGA